GGGUCCCUGCCAACACCCGAAACGGAAGGAUGACCAAAACCUCAAGACGGACCAAAAACGGCAAGACAAGUACCGAAGUGGCACGGGACGGAUUACCGGAAGAAGGACCAGAUGGGGCCGAAACCGAAAACACCGCCGGCGAGUAG